AUGGCUGCCAAACCCGACAUUCUUGUAUCUAUUGACCUCGGCACCACUUACACUGGCAAGACACCCAUCCAAGUCAUUAACGACUGGCCAGGGAGCGGUGAUCGGGGAGAAAGAAAAGUCCCGACAACCAUCAUCUACAAUGCUGAUGGCAGUAUCUCUUCGUGGGGUUUCAUGUGCGCAGACGAUGACGAAAAUGUUCCCGGUAAGACUCGGCGGGAGUUCUUCAAGAUCUUUCUGGACGAUGAUACGUUGGCGGCAGCGCAGAAACAAGGCCUGGAACAUGUUCCACGCAGCACUUCUGACGCGCAAAGAUACAUUACGGACUACUUAAAACAAGUAUAUGGACACAUCAAAGAGAGCAUAGAAACUCAGUGCGGUCGACGUCAUUUUGGUGGUUGGGCAAGUAUGACAGUUACCUUCUUGUUUAGCGCUCCGACUACAUGGACUAAAAUGGGAGUCGUGAACGCAUUCAAGAAUGCAAUACGCGAUGCGGGAUUUGGCAUCGAAGGACCAUGCCAUAUGGCACAGCUUGAUCUAACGGAGGCAGAAGCAGCUGCAGUCGCAACUCUAAAGACGAGCCCCGUGGAGUUUCGAUUGGGAAAUCUCUUUUUAACGGUUGACGCAGGCGGUGGAACUACUGACCUAGCCUUGAUGCAAAUUACAUCAACUGAUGGUGAUUUCCCACAAAUGUCGCAAAUGGCAGCUGUGAGGGGGGUUGGCAUUGGUGCCUCCCUCAUUGAUAGGGCAUUCGUUCGAUUGGUAGCUCAGCGACUCUCCAUCUGCCCUGAUGCCCACGAUCGACUGCCCACCGAUUGCGCCAAUAGAAUGGCAAGGAGCCACCAUUUCAGGACAGUGAAACACAAGUUUGGAGAGAGAGCCUACAUGCAGUCCGUCUACAGAAUCCAGAUGGAUGGUGUUUCGCAUGACUUUAGCCAUCCUGGAUUGCGGGUUGAAAACGGGAGGAUGGCAUUCACUAAGCAAGAGAUCACCUCCUUGUUUGAGGUUCAAAUCGAAGGCAUAAUGAGGAGAAUCAAGGAGCAGUUGGAUUGGUUGGGCGUAAAUGACCGGCCUCAGCAAGUCGAUCAUAUGAUUCUGUCCGGUGGCCUCGGGAGUUCGGCAUAUGUUCGAGAUAGGCUCCAGCAACAGUUCACCAGCUACCCACAUCCGAAUGCGAGCCAGAUCGCAGUCAUCCCUUGCCAGGACCCACAACUCGUUGUCGUGCGCGGCCUACUCCUUGAUCACCAGCAGAAGAUGAUAUCUGGUAAUCUGGCGGUGUUGGCGACUCGAAUAGCGCGAGCUAGCUACGGGAUCAUUGUUCGAGAGAUCUACUCGCCAGCCAAGCACUUUAACGAGGAUAUUGUUGACGACCAGUUUGAACACAAGCAAAAGUGGGCAAUCAACCAAAUAGAAUGGCUCAUUCGAAAGGGGGAUGUCAUCAAUCCAGCGAAGCCGUUAGUGAAGUCAUUUGAUAUUCGUCUCAAAGCAGCCGAGACAACCAGGUCAUGGGACGCUAAGAUCGUGACCUCCCACAAUGAAGUAUCCUUUUUACCAAGCAGUAUGAAGCAUGCUGGAGCAUUCAAGCUUUGCGAAGUUAAGAGCAACCUCACGGGCGUACAGCAGGAGCAACUCAUACUCAAAGAGAAGCGAGGCACGUGUUUCUCCCGAGGCUUCAAGUUCUAUAUAUGCCAAUUCGAUAUACGAGUCAUUGUUGCGCCUGCGGAUUUGCGAUUCGAGCUUUGGUUCGCAGGUCAGAAGUUCUCGGGAAAUCACGAACCAAUAGCUGUGACGUGGGAGGACGAGGGUGCUAGCACGACUAGUGAAAAAUGA